AUGCAGUAUGGCGAAGCGUACGGCUCAGCGGCCGUGGUGCGGCGGCACGGCGUGGGCGGGCGCCACGUCGUCUGCUGGCUCUGCCGCGCCGACUCGUCGCCGUCGGACGGCGGCACGGCGUGGGCGGGCGCCACUGUCGUCUGCUGGCUCUGCCGCGCCGACUCCUCGCCGUCGGACGACGAGUACAUCGAGUCGAUCCAGGAGCUGGAGCCGACCGUGCAGGCGGUGCUGAUGGCCGCUAUUCAAGAGCUGAUGUCGCGCGGCGGCUCGGGCAGCUCGCUGCUCGAUCCCUCGCUCGACGUCGGCUGCCUGCCUGAGCUCGCCUCCGAGCUCGAGGUCAUCAAGGACGAGCGCCACAAGAUCCAACAGCGCUGCUACGAGCUCGACAACCAGAUCGUGAUGCUGCAGGACGAGAAGUCGAUGCUGCGGGCCGAGAACCAGAAGCUGCAGGAGCGGCUGCGGCUGCAGCAGGAGCUGCCGGACGCAUCGACCGGCGGCGAGGGCCCCGAGCAGCGGCAGCGCUACAAGCAGCUGCGCGAGAAGCUGGCCGCCGCCGAUGAGGAGAUCUACAAGCUGGAGGCCACGCGGGAGGAGCUGCGCAGCAGGUGCGACGUGGUGGAGAAGGACCUGCGGGAGACGCAGACCAAGAACGAGGAGCUCCAGCGCAUGGCGGACGAGACGCGCCGACUCCGGGAUGAGCUGGAGAUCCUGCGCGACCUGGCGUCCAAGGUGCCGCAGUACGAGGCCAAGCUGGACACCUACCAGAAGCGGCUGCAGGAGAUGGGCGACCUGCGUCGGCAGAUCAAGCUGCUCGAGGAGAAGAACACCGACUACAUGCAGCAGAACAUGGAGCUGGAGGAGGAGCUGAAGAAGUCGGGCAGCUACCGACCGCAGCUGGACCUCUACAAGAAACAAGUGGGCGAGCUGCACGACCAGCUGGCCGAGGAGACCAAGAAGCGCGACAAGGCCGAGUUCGACCUGCGCAAGCUGGCCGAGAAGAUGGCCGCCCUGCAGAGCGAGAAGGAGCGGCUGACGGAGGAGCGCGACAAGCUGCGCGAGGUCAACGACGAGCUGAAGCUGGCGCAGCUGCAGCUGAGCGGCGCGCCGUCGCCGCUGGGCGCCCGGCUGGCCGACGGCGGCUCGCCCUCCGACGUGGGCGCGUUGGAGCAGAUCCCCACCGACGUCAAGGAGAAGCUGCUCCGGCUGCAGCACGAGAACCGGCAGCUGCGCGCCCGCGUGGACGGCGGUCGCCAGGACCAGGAGGAGGCGUACCGCGCGCUGCUGGACGACCUGCGCGCGCGCGAGACCUCGCUGCAGGCUGAGAACAGGCGGCUGAACCAGCGCAUCCUGGAGCUGCAGUCGCACCUGGAGGAGGGCGGCGGCUCGGAGCGCGCGGCCCCCUCCACCAGCCGCCUGUACUCGCUCGAGCAGGAGCUGCAGAACAAGACGAUGCAGAUCGGCGAGAUGGAGAUCCGGCUGGCCGAGCAGGCGGCUCGCACGCAGGAGCAGCAGGAGCAGCUGUCCCGCCGCGACGCCGAGAUGGCCGCCAUGGAGGAGCGCUACAAGAAGUACCUGGAGAAGGCCAAGUCGGUGAUCCGCUCGCUCGACCCGAAGACGGCCGGCUCGGCCAGCUCCCCUGACGUGUCCGUACUGCGUCAUCAGGUCAGCGGGUCUGGCCGAGAAGGACCCGCCUGCUGGAGGUGA